AGGACGCGACGCGAGCCCAGUUCCGGCGAGGAGGCCGCGCCAGUGACAGCGAUGGCGGCGGAGUCGGCGCUCCAAGUUGUGGAGAAGCUGCAGGCGCGCCUGGCCGCGAACCCGGACCCCAAGAAGUUAUUGAAAUAUUUGAAGAAACUUUCCAUCUUGCCUAUUACAGUAGACAUUCUUGCGGAGACCGGGGUUGGUAAAACAGUAAACAGCUUUCGAAAACACCAGCAAGUUGGAAACUUUGCCAGAGACCUAGUGGCCCAGUGGAAGAAGCUGGUUCCUGUGGAACGAAACAAUGAGGCUGAUGAACAGGACUUUGAGAAGAGCAGUUCCCGCAAGCGCCCCAGAGAUGCUAUUCAGAGGGAGGAGGAGAUGGACUACCAAGAAAGCUGGCAAGCCUCUGGCAGCCAGUCCUGCAGCCCUGACCACAGACAAAAGAAACACAGAAAACUCUCUGAGCCUGAAAGGCCUCACAAAGUGACUCACAGUCGUGAGAGGAGAGAUGAGAGGAAGAGGUGUCAUAGAGUGUCACCACCAUACUCUUCAGACCCCGAGUCUUCGGAUUAUGGCCACGUUCAGUCCCCACCAUCUUCUGUCAGUCCUCAUCAGAUGUACGUAGACCACUGCAGGUCCCCAGAGGAGGACCACGAGCCCAUCGCUCCACACCACAAGCCUGGAAAAGGUCACAGUAAUGCCUUUCAGGACAGACUGGGGGUCAGUCAGGAUCGACACCUGAGUGAACCCCACAGGAAAGGGGCUAUGAGCCAAAACAAGGAGCACAAAUCUUCCCAUAAGGAAAAACGCCCCCUGGAUGCCAGGGCUGAUGAGAAGGCCUCUGCUCUGGGCAGAGAAAAAUCACACAAGACCCCCUCAAAAGAGGAAAACCGAAGGCCACUCUCAGGGGACAGCAACAAGGAGAAGCCACCCUCUACUGCUGUCAAAAAAGAGAAAGAAAGAGAAAGCAGCAGUCUCAAGAAGAAGUUUUCACCCUCCUUGGAAGUUGUUUCAGACAACCAUCUUAAAAAGCCGAAACAUAAGGAGUCUGAGAAAACCAAAUCGGAUAAACACAAGGCAAAUGUGGACAGCUUAGACAUAGCAAAAGAGGCAGGAGCUGUGUUACCCAGAGCAAAAGAGAAGCUUUCUAACAACCUAAAGACUCAAGAAGGGAAAGUAAAAGUUAAUUCAGACCGGAAGUCCCUGGCUUCUCUCCCUAAAGUAGAAGAGACCGACCUAGAGGAUGAGUUUGAGCAGCCUACCAUGUCGUUCGAGUCGUACCUCAGCUAUGACCAGCCCCGGAAGAAGAAAAAGAAGGUUGUGAAAACUUCAGCCACAGCACUUGGAGAAAAAGGACUUAAAAAAACUGAUUCUAAGAGCACUGGUAAGAACUUGGACUCAGUUCAGAAAUUACCCAAGAUGAGUGAAAACAAAUCAGAAAAGCUGCAGCCCACUGGAGCUGAUCCCGCCAGGCCAAGAAAGGUUCUCCCUGAUGUGUUGCCAGUGUUGCCAGAUAUUCCCUUACCUGCCAUACAAGGCAACUACCGUCCCCUUCCUUCCCUUGAGUUGAUGCCGUCCUUCCAGCCAAAGCGGAAAGCAUUUUCUUCACCCCAGGAAGAAGAAGAAGCUGGAUUCACUGGACGCAGAAUGAAUUCCAAGAUGCAAGUGUAUUCUGGUUCUAAGUGUGCCUAUCUCCCCAAAAUGAUGACCUUGCACCAGCAGUGUAUCCGAGUGCUUAAAAACAACAUUGAUUCAAUCUAUGAAGUAGGAGGAGUCCCCUACUCUGUUCUUGAACCUGUCUUGGAGAGGUGUACACCAGAUCAACUAUAUCGCAUAGAGGAAUGCAAUCACGUAUUAAUAGAAGAAACAGAUCAAUUAUGGAAAGUUCAUUGCCACAGAGACUUUAAAGAAGAGAGGCCAGAAGAGUACGAAUCAUGGCGGGAGAUGUACCUAAGGCUUCAGGAUGCCCGGGAGCAGCGGCUACAACUGCUUACAAAGAAUAUCCGGUCUGCACAUGCCAAUAAGCCCAAAGGCCGACAGGCAAAAAUGGCCUUUGUCAACUCUGUGGCUAAGCCACCUCGUGAUGUCCGACGAAGGCAGGAGAAGUUUGGAACUGGAGGAGCAGCUGUCACUGAGAAAAUCAGGAUUAAGCCAGCCCCAUACACGACAGGAAGCAGCCAUGCUCCCACCAGCAGCAGCAACAGCUUUCACUCUAGCCCUGAGGAGCUGGCCUAUGAUGGUCCCAGCACCAGCAGUGCCCACUUGGCACCAGUGGUCAGCAGCACUGUUUCCUAUGACCCUAGAAAACCAGCUGUGAAGAAAAUCGCCCCAAUGAUGGCCAAGACAAUUAAAGCAUUCAAGAACAGAUUCUCCCGAAGAUAAACUUAGGACUUGCCUUGGAAAUGAAUUUUGGAGCUGAAAUACAGGGAUGAUGGGGACUGGGAAAGAGGGCUUCCAGGGAGACUGGCAUCUUUUGCUUUGUGGAACCUUUGGUUUCUGACUCCUGCUUGGCUGCAGGUGCCUCUCCUGCACACCACAGCCCCAUGCCCAGCCUGUAGCACACUUCAGGUUUCUGAAGACGAUAUGAAGCCUCAGUCUCACUGAGGAUUUUAAGGUCAAUUAGCAUAUUUGUAAACUAUAAGAUAUAGUUUUAAUUAAUAAAUAUUGCCCCCAGAUUGUAUUUAUAAUACACCCCAGUUUUUUUUUGUUGUUGUUGUUUAAUUUUUGUCCUCUAUCACAUACUAGCCUUUUGUUUUCCAAGUCCUUUAUGAAAGUUAGAGGAAAGACUAAUGAGAGCCAAUCCUGUCCCAGGUCAGUUCUCCUGAGUGGACUGUGGGCCAGAGGAGCAUCUCCAGAGCCUGUGUGGUGCUUACUGCAUGUAGGGUCAGGAGUGAGUGCCAGGUUGCCUGUCCUGGAGGAGAGCCCUGACAUGAAGGGACUCCUCAGUGCUCCUGGGCAGGUGUAUCUUUUUUGUACCCUUCAAUAGUAUUUAUUAAAGGAGGCUGUGAAGUCUAA